ACAUGUUCUUAGAAGUUUUCGACGCUUAUCAUUGAUAGCAAGCCAAACACAGAAAAUUACAUGUAAUCAUGAAGUCGUUGCGAUGCUUCCAGAGCAACAGAAGUUGUUAUUGGAAUGAUUAGUUGCGUUGCUGCUGCUGAAAGUGAAAGAAGCCUGUGUACAAUGAGAGUUUCCAAUCAGUUUUUGAAUGCAUUCGUGUGGACUGCGCUGUUGUGGCAAUCAUCAUCGAGUGGCAUUUCAAUGGAGUUUGUUUGCAAUUACUGGCACGGAACGGGCCACAUAGGUGACUCCAGUGACUGCCAGGCCUGGGCAUAUUGCAGCAAUAAUAAGCUCGUCGGACGUGGAUAUUGCCCCAAGGGAUAUUUCCAUGAUGCGCCAACGGGCAUGUGCGAGCUGGCGAGAGAAGUGCGUUGUGUCCCUCAGGAUUGGGAGCGUUGUGCACAGCAAAAGGAAGGCGACUAUCUAGCCGAGCCAUUUGAUUGUCGGAAAUACAAGAAAUGCGGCGAUGAUGAAGUGUACAGCUGUCCAGAUGGUUACCUGUUUAGCAACCGCCUGCAGACAUGUGUGUCCAGUGCAGCCGGAUGUCCUCAGAGGAGCAUCGAUUUAUGCGCUUUUAUGCCGAGCGGCACAACUGUUGGUGAUCCCCAGAACUGUGGCCUCUAUCUGGAGUGCCUGAAUGGAGCGAGUACGGUUAAAGUCUGUACUGCUGAACGCUACUAUAACUACAAAAAUGGCAUUUGUCAAACGCUAAAGCCCGAGCAUUGUGGCGAAGAGGCUUUCGAAGUGGUGAAAAAGCAGCCGCCUGCUACAGAUGCCAAUGUUUGUGCCGAGUUCUAUCAAUCAGAUCGUUCUGGUGACCAAUUCAUCUCAGAUUCCCUAACCUGUCAGGGUUAUUACACUUGCAGCUCUCAGUAUGCCAUUGGCAAGUGGCACAGUUGUCCUCUGGGCAAACAUUUUCAAUGGUGGAGUCAAAAGUGCGUGAACCCCGACACAUACAGUUGUCCCUUUGAUCGUUGCGCCAAUCUGAACUCAACUUUUGUCACUGCCAUCAACACUGGCUGCACAGAAUAUAUAUUUUGCAAGAAUCAGACUUCCAACAGACUCCUUAAAUGCUCUGACGAUUAUCCGUAUUUUGAUGAGAAACGCGGCGUUUGUGUUGAUAAAUAUCCCAACUAUACUGUUUGUUUUAUGAAUGAUUAAUUGACCGACUUUUGCAUUGGAUAAUUAACUCAUUUAGACUUUACUUGAGGGGACCGUUUAACAGCUGGAUAUUAAGCAUGCUCUUUUGAUUGCAAUCUGGGAGAUAUUUAUAAUUGUAAUAUUCAUUUGUUUUUGUUGUUUUCUUGUUUGUUUUUUUUUCUUUCUUUACAUCAUGCUGUUGAGAUAAUAAAUGGUUCGUGCAUCUGUUGUCUAUGGAAAAACAUAAAUAUAGGCGGCGCUCAAAAAUAAACACACCGAAGCUCCCGCCAUUUGUUAUAGGACGCAAUGCAAACAAGAAGAAACACGAGCGAGUGCCAAAGAAAAAUUAGCACA